AGGGCCCAGGUCAAGGCGCGCGUGGGCGGAAGCGGCGGCGGCGGCGAAGGCGGCGGCUGUCAGAGCUGGAGGGCCGGGCACCGCGGCCAUGGAGGGUCAACGCUGGCUGCCGCUGGAGGCCAAUCCCGAGGUCACCAACCAGUUUCUCAAACAAUUAGGUCUGCAUCCUAACUGGCAAUUCGUCGAUGUAUAUGGAAUGGAUCCUGAACUCCUUAGCAUGGUACCAAGACCAGUCUGUGCAGUAUUACUUCUCUUUCCUAUUACAGAAAAGUAUGAAGUAUUCAGAACAGAAGAGGAAGAAAAAAUAAAAUCUCAGGGACAAGCUGUUACAUCAUCAGUAUAUUUCAUGAAGCAAACGAUCAGCAAUGCCUGUGGAACAAUUGGACUGAUUCAUGCUAUUGCAAACAAUAAAGACAAGAUGCACUUUGAAUCUGGAUCAACCUUAAAAAAAUUUCUGGAGGAAUCUGAAUCAAUGAGCCCUGAAGAACGAGCCAGAUACCUGGAGAACUAUGAUGCCAUCCGAGUUACUCAUGAGACCAGUGCCCAUGAAGGUCAGACUGAGGCACCAAAUAUAGAUGAAAAAGUAGAUCUUCAUUUUAUUGCAUUAGUUCAUGUAGAUGGGCAUCUCUAUGAAUUAGAUGGGCGGAAACCAUUUCCAAUUAACCAUGGUGAAACUAGUGAUGAAACUUUAUUAGAGGAUGCCAUAGAAGUUUGCAAGAAGUUUAUGGAGCGUGACCCUGAUGAACUAAGAUUUAAUGCGAUUGCUCUUUCUGCAGCAUAGCUUGUCAAUAAUGGAAACACCAAAUACUGUAUGAUUUGCAACUAAAUUUUCUCUGUCAUACACUAACUCAAACAUUUUGAUAUUUUCCUUAACUUGAUGAUUAAACUUUAUGUGAGUUAAACUUUG